GGGGUUUGAUGCAGGGUUUAAAGGCAUACUUGUAUGAACAAUUGAGACAAACAAUUUGUGUAAGACAAACCUUAGCGACAGAGACAAGCUCCUCCAUCAACAGAAAGGCAUCUUCACUCUCUACCUCAUUGUCGACAGGAGCUCCACCCACCCUCCUCCACUGAAAGGGAAGAGGUGCUGACCUAACCUCUGCUUCAGAAUCAAGCUGUUGUUGUGAAGUUUUUGUUUGCUGGAAGAGCUUCUGGAAAUAACAAUGACAGUCAGAGCGUUUCUAGCUCUAGUGCUCCCCCUGCUGUUUGGAAGCACCUCAGUUUCUCAGAAACUGUUCCCGACAGACUGCUCUAAUAUCUACACUAACGGACAAACACUAAGUGGAGUUUACACCAUCUACCCUGCAGGUGACACACCUGUAGAGGUGCAGUGUGACAUGGGCUGUGAUGGACAAACAGAGGAUGGAAAAUGGACGGUGAUUCAGAGGAGAAUGGAUGGCAGUGUGAACUUCUACAGACCAUGGGAGCAGUACAAGAAAGGAUUUGGGAACAAAAAUGGAGAAUACUGGCUGGGAUUAGAGAACCUCUACCAACUCACCAGCAAGAGAAAGUAUGAGCUGAGAGUGGACCUGGAGGACUUUGAGGGAGGGAAGGUUUAUGCUCAGUACUCUAAUUUCUCUGUGGACUCUGAAGUCGACGGCUACAGACUCCAUGUUGGUGGAUUCAUUGAUGGAGGAGCAGUCAGUGACUCACUGGCAACAUCAAAUGGACAGAAGUUCUCGACCUUUGAUAAAGAGCAGGACUCUAGUAUGGAUCGAAACUGUGCAAAGAGCUAUCUUGGAGCACUUUGGUAUAAUAAUUGUCACCAGGCUAACCCAAACGGUAUCUAUCUGUGGGGAAAGGAUGGCACCCAUUUCGCUAUAGGAAAUGUGUGGUACCACUGGAAAGGCUAUGAUUAUGGUCUCAAGUCCAUCAGUAUGAAGAUCAGGCCUGUGGCCUAGAACCAUAUGAUGGGUUCCUUUUGCUAAAAUAAAAGCAGCAGAAUCUGACAAGACAUGUUUUCUUUUCUAUUUUUCUUUAGAGCUAGACAGAGUUGAAAUAUGUUACCAAAAAGGUGGCUAUUCUACUGUUUAAACCUGUGUAUG